GGGAGGGGAAGUGUUGUGUGCUCCUAAAGUCUGUCCACAAAUGAAGUUUAUCGUGUGAUUAAUCGGCAAAACUAGGACAUCGGGUUUGAUCAGUUAGGAGAUGUUUGCCACAGCCACCAGAAACUUUGUGGAGGAGGUGGAUCGUGGAGGCUUGCUGAUCCCAGUUUCCAGCUUGAAUGACACCAUUGCUCUUCUGACAGUGGUGGUGAAGCGCAAGCGUUUUUGGGUCUGGCAGAAGCCCAAGUAUAUUCCCACUGAUUUCAACCUCAAUGAUCUACUAACAGGAGACACACCUAUAAAGCCCGGUGUUAUAGAGAUAGACUUCAUCAAAUACAAUGGCACUUAUGGUGAAAACAUCCAGGGGAAAGUGGAUGCAAGUUUUGUCCACUCAAAUGCGAGCCUGGAGGGUAAAGAUUCUUCCAGACUCCAAUCAUUAUUUGGCAGUCUGAAGAAAGAGGAAGUGGAUGUGCAGAAGCUGCUGCGAGACUCCAAAGACAGGGUCCUGGACAUGUCCCAUUGUCUGGUCCAGCAGACAAAAGAGAAGCACAGACAGGUGUUUGGUGUCGUGAAGGAGCGUAUUGUGACUACGCAGCCCUGUUGGGUCAUAGAGGAGGUGCAGCAGGGAGGACAGUGUGGAGGAGGACUGAGCCUCUGUGGGCCCAAGAGCCCAAAGGUUUCACUGAAGGAGAACGGGAGCUUGAGUAAAGACAGCAACAUCACCAUGGAGAUUCCCAUCCACACUACCAUUGCCUAUGCCCUCUUAGAGCUGGAGAUCAAACAGGAUGGACGCUAUGAGCUGUGUCUGAUGUCAGACACUAACGGAGGUUUUGAAGUAGAUGGCCCAAUGAAACGACUCUUUGGUGUCUCUGGAGCCCCUGCUUCAGAAAAUAGCCACCUUAAACAAGAGCUGGAGCGACUGAGCGAUCAUUUCCAUCUCCUUUCUGCUCUUCCUGCCACCACAAGGUCCUCUCUUCUCCAGCGGAUCACAAAAGUUAUGGAGGACAGAGGGGCCGUCAGUUCACUUCAGCAUGUGCUGGACUCGAUGUGCCUGGAAAAGAAUCCUGCCUUGGAUGAUGUCAAAAUAACAGAGUCCCAAAAACAGAACAUCCAAGCAAUUCUGGACCUUUUGGAGCAGUCUGGUCAAGGGGAGUCCAAACCAGUUCUUACUGCCCUUCAUCUUGUUACCAGUGCAAUGGAUGAGAUGACAAAUGAUUGUCUCGCUGUCUUGGGAUUGUGCUGCAGUCUCACCAUGUUACAGGCUCUGGAGCUACUGGUGCAGUGUGUAUCAGGGAAGGGAGAGUUGCCCUGGAGCAGUGCAGGACUAGCUGCACUGACAGAAGACUUCUAUGAAAAGACUGAACAUCUGUUUGCCACUUCUAAUGUGUCCCUGAGGAGAGACGGGGAUACUGUGAAGGCAGAAAUAAGACACCUGCCAGGAAACCUCCCUCUGGUCCUGUGCAUCGCUGUCAGAGGUCUGGCCUCGUUGGCCCACUGUGAUUGAACUAAAGACACGUCUAUAUCCACCAGAACCUUGAUACGCUCCAUCGGAAUGAGGUAAAGGGGAUCGUGGUGAUAAAGUUUUUUUUGUUUUUUUUUUAAAGAUUAUUUUUCAGGGCAUUUUCCCUUUAUUUUGUAGGACAGUUUGAGAGAGACAAGAAAAGUGGGACAGAGAAGGGGGAACAACACGCAGCAAAGGGCCACAGGCUGGACUUGAACCUGGGCCUCUGCAGGAGCCUGAGUUAAAUGGGGCGCACAGUCUACCCAGUAAGCUAUAGGUCGCCCCAUUAUCAUCUGUUUUGAUCAGUUUUUGUUGCAGAAGAAUAUCUUUUAAUGAGUAUUGCAUUUUACUAGAAGGUAAUUGUACAAAUAUAUCUGUGCUCAAACAAUUAGUCAAUUAUUGCUAUAGACAAAUAAUUGGUCAGUUGGUCAUGGUAUUUAGACCGUGUCUUGGAUAAACCAAGCAUUUUUGCAGAGAUUUCUGCUUUUAUCAAGAGAUAAAAAAAAUUACGGACAAUCGUAAAAUUAUCCACUUUGACGUUAUUACUUAUUGUCAGGUAGGGGAUUGUAACCCACACAUUGUGCAUUACUGAGAGUUAAUCCAAGCCUUCCAGCUAAUCAACACCCACAUCUUUUAGGUGACAAUGGCAUAAUUAAAAAAUAACCGUUAACUGCGUGUCCAAUACUGAAUUCACAUUCAUGCGCACAACCUUUGAUGUAGAAUUUUGACUGUAAAGUACAGUUUUAAAUUGGUUAUUGCUGUUGGCAAUAAUAUCAAUAUAUAUACGAAUUUGAAUAUACUAUACAGAUUUUAGUCUAAAUAAAAAUGAAAGAGGAUCAAUCAUAAAUACCUGGUUUUUACCAUCUUAUUAUGGUAAGAGGAUCUGAAGGAAGGAUCUCUUUUUUUAUUCAGUCUUUUGCAAUUGCAUUUUAUUUACAAUGGGAUUUGUAUUAAUUUGUAUCAAUGGGAUUAAUAUUGUUUUUUGUCAAUGGCAAGAAAGCCUAAUUUAAUCCUCUCACCUUUUACAAAAACACAAUUGAUUUUUUUUGUUUAGGGUCUAAUUUUGUGUCUCCAUCCCAUCUCCUUAUUUUUGACUUUAGAAUGAUGAUUAUCUGUAAGUUUUCACUGAGUUUCAGUUAAUGUGUUAAUUAUAAGAAAUACUUUAGGUUUUAACAAAACCAGAACUUAUUUUACCUUGUUUACUUUCAUCUGUAUUCUUGGUGCAAAACCAAAUCUAAUGUAAAACAGAACCUU